CCUGUCACACUCAGGAGUCUGGUAUAGAAGACCUAACAUGCAAGAUAGUUCAUAAGAAGACAACUAUAAGAGCGGCCAUGCUACGGAGAAGCAGGAACAGCCAAGCUCCGCGCUACGUGUGGAGCGACAUCCGACGAGACAUUGACACUGUGGUACUGGUGAAUGACAGAGAGGAGUGGGGCGACGAACACACACAGAUCAGUGACUCGGACUCAGAAGUGGAUUACCUGGCCGUCACCCCGGAGGUGACAGACAUUGUGUCCGACACGGUGCCUGUGACAGGGGAGUCCUACUGUCACUGUGACGCCCAGGAGGAAACAAGCCCUGGGGCUCUGCGGCAGGGUUUCCAGCCCCUCAACGACUGCCUGUGUGGAGAGGAGGACCAGGGUUUUGACUGGGUGUGGGAUGAGGGCGUUAAGUCCAAUGCAGCAAUCCUGAGCUGUGACAACCGCAAGGUGAGCUUCCACUCUGAGUACAGCUGUGGCACAGCCGCCAUCCGUGGCACCAAGGAGCUGACAGAUGGACAGCACUUCUGGGAGAUCAAGAUGACGUCACCCGUCUAUGGCACAGACAUGAUGGUGGGCAUCGGGACCGCUGAGGUCAACCUGGACAAGUUCCAACACAGUUUUUGCAGUAUGCUGGGGAUGGACGAGGACAGCUGGGGACUUUCCUACACAGGUAUGCUUCAGCACAAAGGGGACAAGGUGAAUUUCUCGUCCCGUUUUGGCCAAGGCUCCAUCAUAGGGCUGCACUUUGACACGUGGCAUGGAACCCUUACCUUCUAUAAGAACCGCCGCUGUAUAGGUGUGGCCACCACCAGGCUGCAGAAUAAGAAGUUCUACCCUAUGGUGUGCUCCACUGCAGCCAAGAGCAGUAUGAAGGUGAUCCGGGCCUGCUACACGCCCACCUCCCUGCAGUACCUCUCUUGCUCUCGCUUGCGCCAGCAGCGGCCCGACUGCCCUGACAUCCUGAACGUGCUGCCCCUUCCCCAGGGCCUGCGCCACCUCCUCCACAACCAGCUGGGCUGGGUGUUCACACUCAACAACGACGCCCCCGAGCAGUCUGAGGACUUGAUGGAGGACUUGAAUGAAGACUUCGUUGAUGACUUUUCAGUGGAGUUGCCUGAUGACUUGCCUGAGGAGCCUAGUCCAUGCCCGAGCCCCUGUCUCAGCCAGGUGUCCACCCUAAGUGCCUGCUCCUUCCCUAGCCCUGUACCCAACCAUGCCAAUGCCCCUGCCUCCUCUCACUCAGUUCCCAGCCCUGCCUCUCCCUGUGCCCCUGCCUGCCCACCCUUCCAGGGAGCAACUCAGACAGUGAGGACAUGACUUUUCUUUUUCAAAUAUCCACUCAGAAAUGUUAGAUCAAGUUGGCACUUUAUCUAUUCUGAACCUUUCUACAAAUGCCAUUACCAUCUACUGGUGGAAAAGUCCACAAGAGUGAAAGAGUUUUAUCUUAGCUCAGAUUUCUAAGCACUUUAAGACUUUCUGAGUGGAAUGCUCUCUCACCCUCGAGACAGUCCUUCCAAACUCUCCCCAGUUUGCCUGGCUGAAGGGAAGGGGAAGACAGCCACCCCGGAUAUCCACCACCCCGCUCGAGUCAGAUGACUUAGUUCUAAAUCUAAUGUUAUCUACUGUAUGUACACUCCCUAUACUGAAUGAUUGGAUCCCUUGAUAAAGAUGAGCAAAAAAGACACUAAAAUA